AGAUCAGGAAAGCCAUGUUUCCUUUGAGGCUUGUCAACAAAGUGCAGUUAUAAUCAGUAAAUGUGCACCAGAAUCACUGCCACCUUUUGUAAGUUGUGAGUGUAAUGGUCAGACAACAGAAGAUGAGACUGAAGAAGUCAGAGGAGAUGUGAGGGCAGCUAUUAGGUCUCUGCAGAGUGCAGCUACAGAGCAAAAGCUCCUAGAUAAAGAAGAUAUUGUAAGAGGUAAUGUCCAAUUGGCUCUGCAAUCUCUUGAGAAGUCUAGCUUAAAUGUAUCCAAAGGAGACUAUAAAGCUGCAAUGAUAUACAGGAAUUCAGGAAAGGCUUGUUCAGGGAAGAGCCAGACUGUUCAGCAGCAGUGUGUUGUGGUGUCUGUGCCUCCAUCUGACACAAAACUAUCUCCUUCAAUUUCAGUAACCUGUGAAGGACAACCAUCGGUUACAACACAGAAUUCAACACCCAACCCUGUAGCAAAUGGAAACUCUAGAUCAUCCAGCUCUGUGUGUGAAGCUCCACCUCCACUCCCUCAAAAGACAAGUGAGAAACCCCAGGAGCAGAAGCCAGCUUUACCACCAAAGCCACAAUGGAUCAAAUCUGUAGUUGUAAAAGAUGAGAAUAUUUUAGCUGCUCCCAACGCCCUUUGCACCAUAACAGACAACACAAAAAGCGUAGAAAUCUUUCCAAAACCAAACAAAAGCUUUCCCAAGCCCUCUCCAGAAAAACUUUCAGGAACCGUUACACAUGGCAAAACCAGUAAAGAGGCCUUACAUGAACACCAAAACUGUAUUGAAGCAUUCCACCACUCAAAUCCAACACAAGAAAGUCUACCAACCCACUCAAAGGUUCAGGAAAUUAAGAAGAAAAAGAAAAGACUUACAGGAAGCAAUUCAGAAGGCCUCGUCAUGAUGUUGAACAGCACUGAAAUGGAGAUGGACAGAAAUGUGAUACAGAAAAUCAAUGCAGCUGAGGAGAUACAAAUGUGCAUGAAGAAUUAUGCAGAAGAAGGUAAACAUGAAAUGAACAUGAGCCUGCAGUCUGCUCUACAUAACUUUGAGAGAAAACAUUGUGAGACUCAAGAGAAAAGAGCCCCUUUGUUCCCCAAGAGGGUAAAAGUGAUAAAUGAUAGCGAUAGUGAACAUAAACAAACCAACAAAUCCACAGCUGAGCAACACCAAUCACCUCCCAAAAAUGAAUGCAAAAUUGAUGACGCACAGCAAACAUCAGAGACCAAGACAUGCCAUGUACAGCAAAACGAAAAGACACCCAAACUUGAAGAUAAAGUUGUUUUAAGAGAAAAGAAAGUAAGGGAGACAGAUGACCAAAGACGACAAAGGCUUUCUGUCCACAAGGAAGAGAUCAUGAAGGGAAACGAGAAAGCGGCUUGUGAAAUCUUUGAAAAUUUGAGGAAACGAGAGGAACUCAAAGGAAUCCUUUCUCAAGUGCAAGAGAUGGAGGGAGAGACGUUACAUGAGACUGUCCCUGCGUGGAUGGUUACAACAGGUGGAAAUGCAAGGCAAAGUAAAACAGGGGAAAGGAAGGUUGAAGUAGAGACACAGGACGAUGACCUAGAAAGCAUCUCCUCAGUUGAGACAGCAUUUGAAGAUCUGGAAAAGGCAAGCAAGGAAAUAAUGCAUCUGAAGGAAGAAACAUUAGCAAAACUUCUUGACAUUGAAGAGACCAUUAAAAAGGCUUUGUACUCCGUCUCCAACCUGAAAUCUGAGGCUGACAUUGCAGGGUUGUCAGGACUAUUUGAUGAAUCUUUAAAAACUGAGCAAAGCUUUCAACCCGCCAACAACAUCAGGAAAAUAAGCAUUGGCUCAAGCAAGGUAAAAUCCAGUCACAUCCAAGAGGCAUCUGUGGGGAAUAUGCAAACCGUUUCGGACUCAAGUUCUUCCAAACAAGAAGUGCGCAGACAAGUCCGCAACAAGCCACUCAUCAGACAGUCCUCAUCCCAGUCUUCCCCAUCAUUCAUCUCAAUUCACUCAGCUGCCAGAAAGCCUGUCGAACAACCAAAGUCACCAAUGUCAACAUUUAAACCAAUAACAAAGGGUGAUUCUGAAAGUUGCCAUGAGUCUGCUGUACCGUUAAAGAAUGAUCACAGCCCAGCACAACGCAAAGUCAGUGUGCUCGAAGUGAAAACUGUUCCUGAGCAACCCGUAGGAAUAGUUGGUACAAAGACAGUCAGUGAAACAUACGAAGAGACAGAUGGCUUUGGUAAUGUAUUUGUUUCUUCUGUGACUUCCACAUUUGUCACCAAACAGUCUGAAAGUAAACCAUCAGCACUGUUUGAAGUGGUGGGGAAUCCAGCAAAAUACGAAGUCAUCUCAUCCCCAUUAAUUCGAAGAUCUGCUCGCCCUUUUGAAGAGAAAGUGUUGAGCACCGCCAACAAUGAAGGGACGGUGUUUGUAACAUUUAGCCAACCAAAGGAAAAGCACUAAUUAGGACAAAAAGUGUGUUUCCUGAAUUUUAAUUUUAGGAAAGCGGUUUCUUCAUUUGUGUAUUUAUUACAAUUUCUGAAAAGGUUUUGUCAGUCACAAAAUUGAUUAAAUGAAAUUAUGGAAAUGUUGACAUUUAAUUAAAAUUUGUUGUAUAGAUUUUAUACUGUAACCAUGUGAUAAAGUGUUAAGUUCUUGUAUUAAAGCUAAGCAUAUAGUUGAUACUGUAUUUUCUGUUGUGUAAAUUGUCAAAUAAAAACAAUUUUAAAAGAUGUGAUUGUAA